AUGGAUGCACCAGCAGCCAACCCAGAGGGGAAGAGUGUACCACCUCCUGCUGAGAAUAUUCGGCAGCUUGAGAUCAAGGUCACAGACGGCAAUAACGAGCUUGUCUUCGAGGUCAAAGGAAGCACCAAGCUCGGAAAGGUUGUGAAGAAAUUCUGCGACUAUCAAGGCAAGGAUCCCGAAACAGUAAAGUUUCUUUUCGAUGGAGAGAGAAUCAGGGCUGGAGAGACACCAGACGAUCUCGAGAUGGAGAAUGACGAUAUAAUUGAGAUGAAGCCUGAGCAGAUCGGAGGCUGGUCGACAUAG